AUGACAGCCUCUGAAGCUGGAGCGAUGUGGUCCCGGAUGCCACUUAACGACAAAUACUGCUACAUUGAAGCGGCACGUAACGUCGGCUAUGUGUUCACGGCGCGCGAUCGACGCUUGAAUCGUGUAUUGCGCCAUCUACGCAAGUCGCUGACGGAACGCGACAACCGAGUUAAUUUCAUACAGCUUUCAGCGGCCGUCAAGCAGAUGCAGCUGUGGAAGCGCAAAGUACUAGACGAGAUUUGCCGACGAUAAAGUGAGAGAGCCUUUUACGCCGAUAAGGCCAAAUUGUUUGAUGUCAACUAAUCUCAGAUUUCUUACGUCUUCCAAAGGUCCUUGUUCUUCGAUGUGUAAUAUAAAAGGUACUAUUCUGUAAUAUCUCGUUA